GCAGAUGGGACCGGCCCGGCUUGCAGGGGCCCGGUCAGGUCUUCCGGCGCCGGCAUCACCGCCUGCCGAGGGGAUUUGGCGUCUGCCGCCCGGGCUUUUGCUUGGUCCGCGGGCCUCGGACGGGGAUUCGGAGAGCUUAUCUCUUGGCGGCUCUUCCCGCGCACGGAAAUUGCGGCGUACCUGCGGAGGGCGUACCUGCGCGUGAGGAGGAGGAAGGGCAAGAUCCAGCCUGAGUGACCCGCGCUCCGGCCUGUCCGCACAAGGUAAGGAUGGCGUGGUCUGGGCUUAAGCCUGGCCCAGAGAAGGCAUCAGUCGGCCUCUGCCCCUGUGCUCUGUAGACCGGGGAACUGGGGAGACCGGAGGGAAGAAGAGCUUCUCAGGCCCUGCCUUGGAGAAAUCCUCUGCUCGCCGUGGUUGGGGGUUAAGGGAUCAGACAAGCUCUGUACAGACCAAAGGUGGCUGAGAACUGACUCCCUGAAGGAGUGGAGUCAAAUUGCACUGAGGUUGAAGGAAGAGUUUAGGUUUGGGGCAGAAACGAAGAGAUGUAUGGCCUGUUGGGAGGUUUGUGGGGGAUACAAGAGGGGGAAAUUGUGGAAGAAAGAGGAGCUGGACCAGAGCUGCGAGUCUUUAGCUGGGCAGCUGCUGGGUGGAGUUAAACUAGAGGGCCGAAACAGCAAGAGAGUCCUGCUCAUCCUAAGCGUGUAGAAGAAACCAAACCAGCAACCAUUUCCGGGUCAGGAUGAAUGGAGCAGUUCCUUUGUAUUGGAACCAUGUACUGAGAUUCCAGUGAUGAGUAGGAUACAGUCCCUGACCUCAAGGAAUUGUCUGCCUAGUUGGAGAGAUGAGAUGAAUACCUGUGGAAAAAUACCUGAUAGUAUAGGUAGCUGUGGGCUGGUUACCAAGGGAAAGACAGAGCCAGCUUGAUCUCCGAGCAGUCCACGGACUGCUGCCCUGGGUUUGGGGGCAAAGAGACAAACAAGUAUACUUUGAAGAGAGCUUCCAGACUCGGAGGAGGUAAGAUAUGGUGUCGAGUUGGCGUGUUUAUGGGGACUGGAGACUUAACGUGUGGAAGGGGUGAGAGGGUGAUGGAAGAGUUGCCUCUGAAUAUCUGAAAGGCUCCUUUGUGGAAAGGGGGAGGGGGACUUAUUCCGCGUGGCUCUUGAUACCAAAAUUGAGAUGGUUUGAAGCACUGAGAGAUGGAUUCCUUCAAUAGGAGGAAUCACUGAGUAGAACUUUGAAAACACGGAAUGGCCUUCUGGGAGAGGUAGUGAAUUCCCUGUCAGGGGAGGUAUGUAAACCGAACCCUCUCCACUAAGAAAUUUGACUGUUCUCUGUCCUUCUGGGUCGAUAGCUUAGUCCCUGAUGAAGUUCUGGUGCUCAGGUUUGUUCUUUCCUUCCCACUCCCUCUGCCAGUCCUGUCACCAGUCCUGUCCUGUCGCCUGGCAUCAUCUCUCAGCAAUGACAAUGUCAUAAUUAUAGCAGCUAAUACUUUCUGUUUCCUAAUUGCCAGAAACUGCUUUAGGGGCUUUACCGAUGCUCACGGAUCCAGUCCUGGAGACAACCCUUUCAGAGUAGCUAUUGAUAAUAUCAUCUCUCCCCCUUUAAAAAAAUGUUUAGUGAAGUAUUUACAAGGUUAUGUCAACAUGUCCCUUUUUUAUAAUAGACUGGGGAGACUGAGGCACCUAGGGGUUAGGCAGCUUGCUCAGGAUCGCACAGUGAGCAGUUGGCCGAGCUAGGGUCCUUUUGUUUUUUGCUUUUUCUUUUAGGGCCGCACCUGCGGCAUAUGGAAGUUCCAGACUAGGGUUCGAAUUGGAGCUACAGCUCCAGCCUAUACCACAGCCACAGCAAUUCGAGAUCUGAGCCACAUCUGCGACCUACACCACAGCUCACAGCAACGCCGGGUCCUUAACCCACUGAGUGAGGCCAGGGAUUGAACCCACAUCCUCAUGGAUCCUAGUUGGGUUUGUUACCGCUGAGCUGCAACGGGAACUCCCAGAGCUGGGGUUCUAACCUGCUGCUCUUUGCUGCUAUUCUACUGUGUUUUGCUUGUGUUUUAUUUAAUUCUCACAAUGAUCCAAACUUACAGGUAAGGAAAUAGACUCCAAGAGAUUGAGUGAUUUGCUUUAGGUCACAGAGCAAGAUUCAAACCCAGGACCAUUGGACGUGAAAACCCUCACCUUCUGCAUUUCACUCUCCCAUAUCCCACUGGGCUCUGUCUCUAACUGUCACUGUGGUAACGGCCUCUAACUGGACUCCUUGCCCAGCCUUUCUGCCUUAAAUUGGCAAGAUUUUACUUCGGAGUCUGGAUAGCCCUGGAAACAUGUGAGAUUUGGUGUCUGUCUUUCCGCCAGGUUUUCAAGUCCAGUCUUCUUAGCUUUCACUGACUUCUCAGAGCUGCCUGUGACCCCAAAAUAGUGACAAGCCAUUCUCUGCCUGUCAGCCAGAGUUAAUUUUCGGAUGCACAGAUUCAGUCUUGGACAGUGAUGCACUGACUCUUCACUGCCCUAGGGACAGAGUCCAGAUGCCUUCAUCUGGUCAUUCAAGGUCCCAAGAAAUCAGAGUCCAGGCUUCCUUUUUUUCUUGCUCCCACCGGUAGUCUCAGCCCUACGGUAAGCUUGGCCUCCCUGCCUUUCCUCCAUCCUGGCAGCUUCUCAAGUGCAGGGACGGACAGGUGUUGCACAGGGAGCAUUUGCUGGAAACGGCAAUGAGUACCGUCCUGGAAUUCAAGCCUUGGCCGGUGUGUGGACUAGUCCUUUUGAUGCUCUCCCCCUCGCUGCUCCCGGGAGACUAAGGUUGUCUGCCAGUGGCUGCUGCCACAAAGCGGAGAAGGACUGUGGCGGCAGGGGCUGGGCCGGGCCUGGGAGGGGAACAGGUGACACUAGGGUCAUUCAGAAGGUGUCGGCAUUCUGCCCUGGCUCCUCUUGCAGGGUAGCCCCCCUGGGAGGGGGUGAAGCUCCCCGUCUGUAUUUGUGUUCCCGGCCCCAGCGUGGGCCACUGGCUACAAGAUGAACUGUCGCUCGGAGGUGCUGGAGGUGUCCGUGGAGGGGCGGCAGGUGGAGGAGGCCAUGCUGGCCGUGCUGCACACGGUGCUCCUGCACCGCAGCACAGGCAAGUUCCACUAUAAGAAGGAGGGCACCUACUCCAUCGGCACUGUGGGCACCCAGGAUGUCGACUGCGACUUCAUCGACUUCACCUACGUGCGCGUCUCCUCCGAGGAGCUGGACCGCGCUCUGCGCAAGGUGGUCGGAGAGUUCAGGGAUGCUCUGCGCAACUCCGGGGGCGAUGGGCUGGGGCAGAUGUCCCUGGAGUUUUAUCAGAAGAAGAAGUCUCGCUGGCCGUUCUCAGAUGAGUGCAUCCCCUGGGAAGUGUGGACAGUCAAGGUGCACGUGGUGGCCCUGGCUACGGAGCAGGAGCGGCAGAUCUGCCGGGAGAAGGUGGGCGAGAAGCUCUGCGAGAAGAUCAUCAACAUCGUGGAGGUGAUGAACCGGCACGAGUACCUGCCCAAGAUGCCCACGCAGUCCGAGGUGGACAACGUGUUCGACACGGGCCUGCGGGACGUGCAGCCCUACCUCUACAAGAUCUCCUUCCAGAUCACCGAUGCCCUGGGCUCCUCGGUCACCACCACCAUGCGCAGGCUCAUCAAAGACACCCUGGCCCUCUAGGCCUUGCCGGGGGCCUUGGGUGCUCCUCGAUGGCUUGUGGACUUAGGCUUCUGGGGAUGGUUCUCUUAGGCCCUUGGGGCCCUGGAACCUGCUCUGGGUCCUUGACGCGACUUGGAAGGUUGGCCCCUGGCUUCCUUGUUUGUGGUUGCCAGACUCUGGUCAUCCUCUUAACUUUCACUGGCAGUCAAGUCCGGCCUGCACCGUCUCUCCACACCCCUGGUGGGGUCCCCUUUCCUUCAUUGUACAGAGGAGCCAUCACUAGGAUGGUGAAUAAAGGUGAGAAUGUGAGUUUGGCUGGAGCCAUCUCUGCCUGGGCUGGUGUCGCCCUGAAACGUGAACACCUGGCAGACCUGUGACGACACAGGUGUGUGUUGAGGCCAUUGUUCCACGAUGCCGGGGUGGGAGGAUGGGAUUAAAGGUAGAUUAAAGCUGA